AUGGAUCUUCUAAGCAUCGGAGAUUUGCUCCUAAAUUGCACACCCGGUUCAUUUCUGUUAGUUCCUGUGUUUUCUUGGUUUGAUUAUUGAACUCCUUUCUCUUGUUUUGAGAACCCGCCAUCGUUACAUGCCUUCGGGCUUCCCUGUACUGCCUUCGUGACUCAAGAGUGGAGGUGUCACCAGAAGCGACCCUGGCCAUUGAUGGUAUCGAGUUGCACCGGGACCCACCGAGUCUGUUGAAGUUCCACAAGCCUUUCGACGUGAUCAGCUCCAUGUACGAGAAGAGCCGCACGGAUCUGUCGGAUGCCUUGCCCGGGCAGCGAGCCCCUUGGGAUGACGAGGCGGUCGAAGAAGUGCGGAUCGAGCUGGGCGGUCGCGCCAAAGUGCAAGAGGUGAAGGACAUGUUGGCGGCAGAGGGCUUGCAGCCCUGGAUCUCGGUGAGCCAGUACCAUCCAGUGGGUCGUCUCGAUCGUGAUACCACAGGUUUACUGCUCUUUAGCCGUGAUGGUGUGCUCACCUCCAAGUUAUUGGCGCCUACCUCUGAAGUGCCACGCUGCUACGAAGCCGUGGUGCAAGGGGAUGCCACCAAGCCCCUUGGAGUUGGAGGCGCAACGCUGGAAGAAAAGCUGGGGAAAGGAGUCAUUACCCAAGAAGGCAUCUUCGACGCUCGGCUCUUGGGAGCGGAAUGCAUCGAGAAGGGCAAGUCCAAAGUGACUUUGGAGGUAUCGGAGGGCAAGUACCGCAUGGUGCGCAAGAUGCUGUACAACUGUGGGCAUGCCGUGUUGGAGCUGCACCGUGUGAGCUACGGAGCACUGCAGCUGGGAGAUCUGGAGGUGGGGUGCAUGUCUUUCAUCACUCCCGAAGAGGCCGCCUGGGCCAAAGACCUGGUGGCCCCGAGUGACAACACCAUUGAUAUUCAUGUGCUGUCCUACUCGAAGGUCAUCGACAAUGCUGGGGACAAGUCUAUGCAAGUGAAGUAUGACAUGUCCAUGAAGAACCAAAUGUAUGGGAAGAGUGGAGACUUCAUCAAGGGACGAGAACUAUUCGCAAUGAUCUUGAUUAGCUUCAAGUCACCUGACCAUACUGAAGUUCUCUACAACGCUCAUCAUUUGUACAUGUUCAGCUACUAUGGAGAUGACCAACUCGAGGCCUUCUACAACAAGUGGCUUGAUAUCAUAUACAACAUGAAACAUGGUGAUCGGCCUUCUAUGAAUUCCCUGCGUGACACAUUGUUCCGGAAGAUUGAACACUCAAAGCUCAUGCAUUUUGAUAUCAGCCGAUACCGUACCUUCGACGAAGGGCAUCCUGAAAAGACUUAUGACUUCCUAAUCAAUAUGAUCAAAGGAUACAUUGCCAGAGGGAAACAAGAAAGACUGUUGAAAGACAGGGAACGUGCAGUUAAGAUAUCGUUAUCAUCCAACAAAACUACACCAGCCUUGGAAGAUGACGUGAAAGCUGCUGCCCCCACCAAGACGAAGAAGGAAGACGCUGCAGAUAUCUUCGACGACAAGGACCCGGAAGAGAUGACCUUAGAAGAACUUAUAGACGCACAACCAGAUCACUGGAGGUCAGGCAAAGCCGGGGACGGGAAGGUAUACCUCAAUGAUGACGGCGAGAAGGUCAAAUUGAAUGUCAAGGGAAACCCAUACAAGAUUGGAGAAGAUGGUAGGAGACUCUUCAAAACCUCAUUGAGACCUAAGGGUACCUACUCUCCAGAAGAAUGGCGAAAGCUAUCUCAAUCUGACCGAAACGUCAUCCUCAAGGCCGAGAAGAAGAAGUUGGAAAAGAAGGAGGCUGACGAAAAGAACAAAAGAAAGGUUGAGGAAGUGAAGAAGAAAUCACUGAAGAAGGAGAAGAAAGAUUCAAGGAAGGACAAAGGCAUGCCGAAGUCCAAAGAUGAUGACGAGAAAGACGAUGAUGGUGGGCAGGAUGACGAGAGCAACGAUGGCCAUAGGUGCGGCUGGCAUGACUGGCACAACUCCCGGUGGGACCGCGACUGGUGGGACCGCGACUGGCGUCGCGACGGCAACUGGCGGGACCGUGACGGCGACCGGUGGGAUCGUGACUGGCAUGACCGUGACUGGCAUGACCGUGACUGGCGUGACCGCCGCUGGUCGUAG